AUGGCCGAGCAAAACCCAUCAUCGGCAUGGGGAACGUCGGCCACUUUUGAGCUCGUCGACCACGAGGAUUCCGAAUCGGAUGGUCAACAGGAACAAGAUAUCACUCAUUUCCCGGUGCGGAGGAGGAAGGAUGUGCCGAGCUCGCCUACGAUCUUCACAAAUACUACUCGUCUGGACAGCGGUCAACAGCCAACUACUACUGCCAGAAAUGGCUCCUCUAUCGGACGAUUUGGAUCGAAGAACCAGCCGGACUCGGGAAGGAAUACCACGUCGGUGGUCAGGACCUCUUCUCCGAUCGAUAUCAGCGCGGUGGAGGAAGAAAACCAGGCUGAGUUUAAGGACACCCCUUGGACUAUUGCCCGUCGACUAGCCAGGAAGAACAAGCGGAAAGCGAGCAACAGCCGGCCUCCCCGAUCCGGGACCCAGUUUGGCAUCAAGCUUCCCCCCGGCCCGCCAGAGCAGCGCCCGGAACCCGCCAUGAGAAACACCCGCCCGUCUGCGUCUGACAGUCAUCAACUAAUAAAGCCAGGAGGGCCCUUCGAUCAGAAUCUUGUCCGCGAUCGCUCUAGUGCUCAGCCUGGCUUGGCUGAGUCUCUCGACAAGUCUGGGUCCUAUCAAGACCCGCUUGACUGUCCAAGUCCCUAUCAAGAUGAGCCCAUAGAGGCCAACCACCAUAAGACCUAUAUUCAUGAUGCGCUCAAAUCAGGCAUCAGACCGGCCUCAGAUCAUCCUAUGUCACCUCAUGGAAGCCUUCCUCAAAGCUCAUCACCCACCAUCUACAACAAUCAUCAGAGAGGUGCUAGAUCCCAUCCAAGGGUCCAACACCGGAGUGGUCAGGCUCAGUUCUUUCCAGAGAUCCGCCACAUCCUCGGCCAAUACUCCGAAGCAAACCACAGUCCUGGCGGUCCCCUCGACCAGGAGGAGCUCGAUACUCCUGCACAACCUUCUCCGUCUUGGCACCCCUCCCAACAGUUUGAGCGUGCCCCUCUACCUCUUUCCUCCUCCGAGAACUACGGCACCGAAUACGGGAUCGAAAACACCACUAGCGUAAUCGGGUUGGUCACUUUUUUCUGA